UCCGUCGCGCCGCGUACUUGAAGAGCCGCACGCGGCUAAGAAGCGGAGGACAGAAGCGCGCGAAAAGAGGGAGCCCGAGAGAGAAAAGAAGAGAGGAUCUUCUCUCUCUCUCUCUCUCUCUCCCCCUAUCCUCGAUCGAGACGCGUCAGUUCGUCCACGUCUGCUGCCGGAAACGCUACCGGAAGACACCGGUUCUUCCCGUGGGAUUGCCUCUUCCUGUUGCCCGGAGGAACAGCAGGAGCCGAACGUGCUGCUUGCUUCUUCUUCGCCAUAGUGAGAGACGCGAGUCUUCCGCGUGUGCGCGAGUUCACAAAGAUUAUCCCGUUGAUCGAUCAUUCCGCGAUGAUCCCGCAUCGAUCAUCAGCGUGAGACUUCCGCUGAAGAUACCGUGGACGAACGGAGCUGCUGGACCGACUCUUCCGACAAGAGGCGACUUCCGACAGAAUAAGGUGCAGGAAUAUCGCUCACGAUUCCCCUGGCGCUUCCCGAAGUCAUCGUCGUGGAGACAUUCACCUUUAUCGUCGCCCGUGCAACAGCCUCGGAAAAAAAUUCUAGGAAGAUACCUCCUAGGAAGAGACAUCCGAAAGAAAUAGUACUUCGCGGAAGACGACGGAAGGCAUCGAUCGGCGGAUGAUCGACGACCGUGCCGGCGCUCGCGAGUAAGUCGGGUACAGAGAAAAAGAGGAAACGAGUGGUUGCGGCGGCGUAUGGGGAGGAAAAGAGCGAAGAAACGUUAGAGUGUGGCGCGAGACGAGAUCGCAAUGAAAGUCAAUAAACCGUGAUGAGUAACGGAGAGCAGUGGUCGGAGUGGCAUUAAUAAAUUAGUGUCUACUUGCUGCAAGCAACAGCAGCAGUAACAGCAGCAAGAGCCGGAGGAGGAAGAGGACGGAGAGGAGGAGGAGACGCGCGCGAAUCUCGAGUGCGUCGGUGUGCGCGCGCGCGCGGGUACGUGUGUCGAUGCGGGGAUUUGGCCAGUGUGUCAGUGUGAAAGAAGACAAUUGACUCGCAGCCACCGUCGGACGGUGCUUGGCGGGGGCCUUCUGACGUCACAUCCUGCCCCGCGUACGAGCCGCGAUCUCAUCUGGACCACGACGCGCAAAGCGAAUGAAGAACAAUGACCCACUGCGACAAGAGGAUCCUCGGGAUCCUUGUCUUACUCAACGUAGUCGCAAAGAUUCCGGCAAAUCGGACAGAUUCGCCGAAAACGGACAUGGUUGAGGAAACGGAGGUCUUCAUCACGACCAAGAGAACUUUGCCGGACAGGUGUCUCGUCAAGACAGAACCCGGACCUUGUAAUCACUACGUUCACAAGUGGACCUUCAACAAGGCCGAGGGGAAAUGCCGAAUGUUCUCUUACGGCGGAUGUCUCGGAAAUGAGAAUCGAUUUAACUCGGAAGCUGAGUGCCUUCAUUAUUGUAUCGGCGGUGCUGAUCAUACACUACCGCCUCAUCUCGUGACGAAGAGCAAUGUAUUCGUAACAACGAGCACCACGACGAGCAGCACUCCACUCCCGACGACUUCCAGCACACCACGGCCGACUUUCACACCUCCCAAGCCGACGAAGCCACCGGUACCAAAGCACAAACGAGGAAAGGAGUUAACUUUCAUGGAGUCAGGCCACGAGAAGACAUUUAUGUUUGCGCAAAGCAAUACUUUCAUCCAACUCGAUGGCCCUGGCAUCAAAACCUUUCAAUUGAGAUUAUGCCGUGAAAUAUCUUUCAAGUUUCGUACGAAACUUCCGCACGGUUUGCUGGUUUAUCACAGCGUCAAAGAUCGUCCGGAAAGUCUUGACCCCUACGCCCUGUACGUGAUAGUGGAGAAAGGUCAGCUAAAAGUUGUUCACGUGUUCGGUAAACAGUCGACCAGCCUGACGGUCGGUGAAGGUCUCAAUAGGGACGAGUGGCACAGCGUUCUUGUGAGAAUCGACGUGCACGGAGCAAAGUUAAUCGCCAGAGUCGAUGAUAAACAAGUCGAGACUACUUUGAAAGUCUUGGAACGUGUCGUGAAUUACGGCGUGUCUGAAGAGUUAGCCUCUGUCGUUCUAAUCGGAGGACUGAGCUCCGAAGAACGAUUACACGGGGUGAAGUACAUAAUAGAGUCCUUCGUCGGCUGCAUCAGGGAUAUGGUUCUGAGUUCCGGAAAAUCCGCCAGCGACCUGUUGCCCAUUCGACCGUUAAUCGCGACCAAACACGAGAACGUUAAAGAAGGCUGUAUCGAUAAAUGCAGGACACGGGAGAACUUAUGCUUCGUCCCAAAUCAAUGUGUGAAUCAUUACAAUAGCCUAACAUGCGACUGCUUUGGGACGAAAUACGAGGGUGAACGUUGCGAUGUGUACACCGCGACGAUACUGACACUAAGAGGUUCCUCGUAUGUGUCCUUCCGUGUGUACGAUUGGAAGGAUCGUGUUCACUCGUCUGUCAACAGGAUCAGCCUCGCUUUUAAGACGAAAUGGGACGAUUCGGCGCUGUUUUACGCCUCUGGCGAGAUCGACGGUACGCCGCAUUACGUCGCAGCUUCGAUCAUAAACGGAUCGGUUUACGUGGAGCUCGAUUUCGGACAUAACUCGAAGAUCUCUACUAUGUUGGGUGACUACGUCACGUCCGACCAUUGGAAUAACUUGACCAUUUUCCACAAUGGGUCUCUCGUCUUCGUCAGUUUGGACGAGGAGGUGAAGGUGCUAGAAGUGCCGGGAGAAAAUUAUAAUAUGAUCAUCGAUCCCGAGAUAUACAUCGGCGGUGGCCCGGAACUCCACAAGAAGAAGGGUCUUUUGUCACACAAUAACUUCGCGGGAUCCUUAAAGUACGUAUUUUUCAACGACAAAUCAAUUAUAUACGAACUGAAGCGUUUCAAUCCAAUGGUGCACUACAUCGGCGUAUUGGAGCCCGAAUAUUACGAAGCCGACGUGGAAGUCAUCCCGAUCACAUAUCCCUUCGCGGGAAGUCACAUCUGGUGGCCUGUCGAAAAAACCGACUCGCUGAAACUGAAUUUCGACUUCAAGAGCUCGAAACCGAUCGCGGUCGUCGCCUCGGGAGAAGUAAAGAGCAAUCGCGGACUUGGCUAUUGGGAGCUACGUCAAGUGAACGACGAAAUCCGCUUCCACUUACUGCCGGACGUGACGGAGAAUAUCACGGUGUCAGCGGCAGUGAAAUUUCCGCCCUACAACACUUCCUGGCACGCGGUGGAACUUAAUUACACGAAGGGCGAGCUCAGUAUCCUAGUAGAUUACAGGAAUAAACAGAGCAAACUCUUCGAUCUGACGUUCGAGCUGGGCGACAAAGUCAUCAUAGGAAGUGGCAAAAGUAACGCUGGUUUGGUGGGAUGCAUGCGUGAGAUACGAGUGAACGACCAAAGAAUCGAACCUAGGUACGUGAUCAACACCCAGAGAGUGAUCGGAGAAGUCGCUUUGGAUAACUGUCAGUUCGUGGACCCGUGCAAAAGGCCGAACACUUGCGAACACGGCGGUAAAUGUUCGGUCAAGGAAGACAGAAUUACAUGCGACUGCACGGAUACUGGAUACAUAGGGAAGAAUUGCCACUUUGCGGAAUACAGGAAAACCUGCGAGGAGCUGGCUCUCCUGGGAUUCACGCAGGACGAUGUUUACAUAAUCGACAUCGACGGGAACGGUCGAUUCCCACCUGCUCUGGUGAAAUGCGAGUUCCAGUCAAUCGAGGACUCGACUAAAACGAUCGUCGAGCACAAUUUGCCCUCCCAAGUGGACGUCAGAUCCAUCAUCGAGAGCGACUUCUCUUUCAGCAUCAAGUACAGGCAGUUCACCGCGGAGAUGCUUCAGGAGCUCAUCUCACAUUCGCUCUAUUGUAGUCAGUACGUGAAGUACGAUUGUUACAAGGCACCCUUGGAGCUGCACAGCGCCACGUGGUUCCUAGGAUCGAAGGGCACCACCGUCGAUUACAUCGGAAAUGUCAAUCGUGGAUCCUGCCCAUGCGGAAUGAACAGAACAUGCGUGAGCCCCAACUUGAGCUGUAACUGCGACGUGUCCACCGGAAAUGCGGGGAAAUGGCUGUCGGACGAAGGAUACUACGAGACACCCGACUCCUUGGGCAUCACCGGGAUGGUGUUCUUGCAACAGAGAGAUCUCGAGGAAGACGCUCGCGGACGUAUCACCUUAGGUCCACUGGAGUGCGUCGAAACAAACACACAGAAGUACGUGGUAACAUUCACGACGUCGCAAUCGUACAUCGAAGUGCCGGGCUGGAGAAAGGGUGAUAUAGCCUUCAGCUUCCGAACGACGGGUGAAAAGGCUAUUCUCCUAUACCAGCCACCUAUUCGGAACAACUAUCCUUCCUUCAUGGUCGCGUUGACGUCCGAAUAUCGGUUGACUUUCAAUUUCACCCUGAACACCGGCACCAUUCGCGAACUGGAGGUAAAGAGCCGGCGCAAGCUCAACAACGGCGAGUGGCAGAAGAUCUGGAUCGAUUACAACGACUAUCACGUACGAUUCAUGAUCAACACCGACUUCCAGAUGGUGGACCUGUUGUCCGAGGAGGAAUUUGGGCCCUUUGAAGGAUCCAUGUUCAUCGGUGGCGCUACCGCUGAGCACCUGAAGACCUCCUCCGUCCGACAAGGCCUCAUCGGUUGCUUUCGCGGUCUCGUUGUCAACGGAGAGAUAUUAGAUAUUCACAGUUACAUGUCGGUACAUCUGUCGGAAAUCAUCAAGGAUUGCAAGCCUUCGUGUCAACCCAACAAGUGUCAGAACGGCGCCAGGUGCGUCGAGUUGUGGAGCAACUUUGAAUGCGUGUGCGAGAAUCAGUGGGCGCACUUAGGCACUUAUUGCGAGACAAACAUCAACAAUAAGGCUCUGACGUUCACUUCGCCCGGAGCGUUUCUGAAAAAGAAUUACUUCGGAACGGAUGACCUCGAGGAGAAGAUACUGCUGAAGAGCAUGCUGCUGGAGAAUAUCCUGAUCAACUUGAGAACUUACGACACGCAUUCCCUGAUACUCUACGCGAACGAUCAUCUGAACAACUUCGUGCACCUCUAUAUUUCGAACGGCACCAAUAUCGUGUACCUCUUCAACGCCGGCAACGAGAUCAAGAAUAUCACCGUGGAGAAUCCAAAUGUCAACACGGGGAUCUCGGUGCAGAUCGCUAUCAUUCGGGGCGACAACUGGACCACGCUACACGUUAACGAAUAUAACGUCACACUGAACGCGACGCCUGUACUUCUCGACACGUAUUCGAACAAACCGUGGAUCAAUCCGGAGAAAGAGGUUUUGGCACCGCAACGACCGCCGGCACCACCGACUGAUUAUUUUCAGGUAAAUUUAGGAGGAUUCGAUCCUGACAAUUUACUAAGAGUUGGGAAAGAAGGCGCCUUAAUCCAAGGUUACGUCGGCUGCCUGCGGGGACUUAUGAUACGCGAAUAUCUCGUCGACCUACCGAGCUUAGCCAGUGAAGCGAAUCACGAAGGCAGCAAAGGCGUUUUGCCGAAUUGCCAGAUGAAGUGCGACGCGAUGCCCUGCAAAAAUUUGGGAAUCUGCACGGAGGACUUCGGCAGACAAGAAUCCUCCUGCAAUUGCGAGCUGACGUCCUACUUCGGUGAAUAUUGCGCCGAUGAAAAGGGUGCGGACUUUAGCGGAGAGAGCGUUCUUCAGCGAGAGUUCGAGUUGGAGGGCGAGAUAAACCAGGUGAAAGUUCAGCUGGCGUUCUCGACGAACGAGCUACGACAACGAACUACCGCGUUGCUGCUGGUACAGACCGACAACAAAAGGAGCUACUACUUAUUGGUGGCCUUGACAUCUGAGGGGCAGCUCAUCUUCGAGGAGGACCGGGAGGGCUCGGCUUACGGAGUGCGUCUCAACGAUCGAAACUUCCUCAACGGUGCACGUCACAGCGUCUACUACGAUCGCGAUAAUAAUACAUCGACUCUCUUGAUCGACCGUGAACCUGUACAGUUGCUGCCGAUACCAAUACUAAGCUUAGGAGACGAGGACGAAACUCCGGGUGCUACGGAGAUCCAACUGGGCGGAUUGAACACCACCGAUCCGCGAUUCAGCGCCUACAAAGGAUAUACCGGCUGCCUCAGCAACGUGGUGAUAUCGAUCAAUGGAGGCGCCGGUAUGAAGCCACUGGAGGAAUACAUGCUCUUUACGAAACAGGGCAGUGAAACAGUCAGGGCGACAAUACCCGCCGGCGUUAGGAGUGCCCAAUGCGCAGUCUUUCAUGCUCAACCACGUGGCCCCGAAACGUCUAGGAACGACAGUGUGGGUCGCGAUCGAGCAUGGGUGGAGGAUCCACCGGAAAGGACUUUGUACAAAUCGCAAUAUUCAGGCGCCACUCAAGAGGAGCAGGGUGCGGGAACCUAUAUCUUUAUAGCCCUAUGUUGCGUCUUCGUGGCCGCGGUGAUCGGCUGCAUUUACGAGGUAUGGCGAAGCGCGCGUAAGGACCGUCAACGACGUCGCACCGCGGUUUCGGGAACACCACCGACCACUGCGGUCGCUUCCGUUUCGCAACGAUGGCAACCGCAAUACACAGAUUCCUUGGUGGCCGCCCCCGGUGUGAAGACGGUCGGCUUCAAGAACGUAAUGGACGACGACAAGAGGCCGAAUGGCACCCAUGUGAAAGUGCCCAGCGCGAAGGAAUACAAGCCACUGCCGAAUACGGACCAGCCAAAAGACUUAAUGAACGAUAAAAAAGUUCACAUAAAAGCAGACGAAGAGCCAGAGAAAAAGGAGCUCCUAGGGGUAAAUACAGGCAUCGUCACUAAACCUGCGAAACUGAAUCCAUUCUCGAUGGAAGAUCUGAGAGAGGAACCAGAGCUGGAAGAGCGCGAGGAGGAAGACGAGGAAGAAGAGGAGGAAGAGGAGACGGGACAGGAACAGCCGGAGCCAGGACUUGAGAUGGAUGAACUCAAGGAUCAACCGCAACAACAGCAGGAGGAGGAGGAGGAGGAAGACGAGAGCAGCGAUCAAAAUGGCGAGCUUCUCGUUAGGCCGGUAAGAAACGCAGCAAGGAGAGCUUCCUUGACCGACGAGCUGGUGGAUCCGGUCAACUCGCAGGGCCUUCUCGAGACGAACUUCUCCGUGACGGGUCUUAACGAAAUCAGAACCGAGCGUAUAAUAUCCAGAACAAAUAACAUCGCACCGAAAAGACCGAUGAGUCUCGAUCUGAGCGCGCCGAUGAAGUUUAGAAAGUCACACGGAAUAACCGCUCAGCCCGAGAAAGUCACUGCGAGGUUGAUCGACCAGCGACUGCUGACGAAGUGAAUUAAUUCGCGAAGCACAGACGCCACAUCGGCGUCGUGUACCACUCUCGAGAUCUUAGGCUAAGAUCGACUGACGACAAUAAUCGCUCAAAGUGGUCGCUCGUUUGUAUCAUGUAAAUAUCGGGACGGGAGGCGAUCGUGUUGAAAUGACAAUCAUUAUACGCGCACACUUAAAUUUUAGAAGAAAAUAUGACGCAGUCAUUCCGUUAUAUCUAAAGUAUGAUGAGAUUACGGAACAGCUUAUGAACAGCUGCUGAAAGCCGCAAGCGACUGAAUGUUUCAUUUAAGCUUAGAAAUUGGGCGAAUUGGGCAUCUGUUUAGUAUAAAAAGUACAUUCUGUAGUCGUUUAAUACAAUUCGUCGUUAGAAAGCAGAAUAUUGGCGCGUUCCAUAUUUCUAAUGACUCAAAACUCGCGCGAAACCGUAGCAUCAAUCUCAUCUGCCGCGUUCUUUUUACGUAUUUAAUUGUAUAAAUUCUUAUUCGGCACGUUUUGGCUCACACAGUAGCCGUCUUCAGAGGGAGAGGAAAACGUUAGAACAAUGUACUUGACUAAAAUUAGCAAGUAAUCGAGCAGCACCUGUUUAUCUCAUUACGAAGCACAUCGCUAAUAUACUCCAGUAUUGAUUAGUUUUAAGUAAAGCCGCACGUAUUUAGCUCAAGCAGAAUGUUAUUUUAAGACUCUAGAGUGCCUAUAAUAGUACUUAGUAUUCGUCGUAAUCACGGCAACGACAAAAGUAAUGCAUCGUAAAUUUACAACGAGCAUUUCGAGAUAGGAUCGCGCAAAGUCGUAUUUUCGAGACAAGCCACGUAUAUCCGCAAGAGACACGUCGAUUCACUACAGACUUCGUCUGUAUAUUUUUUACGACACCGUUGGUACUACACGCAAUCGACACAUUUAAAACAAAAUCACUGCAUAUAUUUAUGUUAUCAAUCGCCGCCGGUGUACACCGCGAACGCACCGUUCAAUCAUCCGCAAUUGUAAAAUUAUACCACAAAAUAUAUGAAUUUCAUAUAUUGAGACGUGCAAAAUUUAUACAUUCAAUACGCAAUGUACGGUUCGUUCCGUGUGUGCAUCUGCGAGUUUGUUCAGUUUGAUUUCGCUGCUUCGUGCAAUUGUACAAAACAAGUGUGGCGUUUAUGCGCUUUUUGGUGGCGAUCAAGGUAAUAGUUAUGCGGAAAAAUUCACGAAGCAUUUAGAAAAAUCGAAUCACUCGGCGAAUGUCGGCGCGAUCCGGUCGUUAAUACGAGACGCACCAUACUUUCAGCACAGGAAUUGGUCUAAGACGAGUAUCGACGAGAGCGUUAUACCGUUAGACUCCAUUUUAAAACCCGAUGAAACGAAAAUGUCGGAUAUCGA